AGCUCCGGAAGGUGUUCGAGGAUGUGGCAGUGUAUUUCACACGGGAGGAGUGGGAUCUGCUGGAAGAGGAGGACAAGGGGCUUUACCAGGACCAGAUGCUGACGAACUACCAAGCCCUCCUUUCCCUGGGAUAUCGAGGCCCCGCCCCUGACUUGAUCUGCUGCAUCCAGGGAGGACAGGUGGAGCUCUGGGUCUGUUGUGAUGAGGACCGUGGGGCAAUCUCGAGGUCGGAGGACGUGCUGCCAGGACAUGCCUGGUUGCUGAGCAGAACUGAGGAGCCAGCUGCUGAGGAAGGGCCUGGAAAGCUGGAGCCAGCAUGGGCUUCCCUGGGGAGUAUGGGUGAGGUGGAUUCCCUGACCUCAGCAACAGACCAAUGGCAUAAGGGUCAGGGGAUGCUCCAAAAGCAGGAGAAUGUAGCAGUGAACAAGGUCCCAUCUCUAUUUGGGCAUUGGAGUGAAGAAGGGAAACAAGCCCGAAACAGCCCAAGGUCCAGGGAUGAAUUUGUGGUGCUGAGACACCAGAAGAGGCAGAAAGGAAAGGCCCAUUGGAGAGAGACACUGCAUGCAAGGCAAGGCAGUAUGGGGGGCCUCAGAGGGAAGCAGGAGCCCACCACCAAGCGCAGGGGGAGAGCCCACUCCUGCCCUGAGUGCAAGAAGAGUUUUAGCUGCCCCUCGCGCCUGGCUCUGCACAAGAUAAAGCAUGCUGGGGAGAAGCCCCAUGUUAGCACCAAGUGUGGGAAGAGCUUGACCAGCCUCUCUGUGCAGAGGAGGCAGCAGCCACACGGCUGCACAAGGUGUGGGAAGAGCUUCAGGCAGCCCUCCAGCCUGGCCAGGCACAGGUGCAUGCACACACGGGAGAAGCGUCAUCCUUGCUCUGUGUGUGGGAAGAGUUUCACCUGGUCCUCUGACCUGGUCCGUCAUCUGCUGAUCCACACAGGCGAGAAGCCACAUCAGUGCCCUGUGUGUGGGAAGAGCUUCGCCCAAUCGUGGAACCUGACCAAGCACCAGCACAUCCACAAAGGGGAGAAGCCAUAUUACUGCUACGUGUGUGGGAAGAGUUUCACCUGGUCCUCUAAUCUGGUCCGGCACCAGCUGAUCCACACACGGGAGAAGCCACAUCAGUGCUCUGUGUGUGGGAAGAGCUUCACCCAUUCCUCCCACCUGGCCCGGCACCAGCACAUCCACACAGGGGAGAAGCCUCAUCAGUGCUCUGAGUGUGGGAAGAGCUUCACCAACCGCUCCAGUCUGACACAGCACCAGCUCAUCCACACAAGGGAGAAGCCACAUCGGUGCUCUGUGUGUGGGAAGAGAUUCACCCAGCGCUCCCACCUAGCUGAGCACCAGCGCAUCCACACAGGGGAGAAGCCACAUCAGUGCUCUGUGUGUCAGAAGAGAUUCACCUACAUCUCCAGCCUGACACAGCACCAGCGCAUCCACACAGGGGAGAAGCCAUAUCAGUGCUCUGUGUGUCAGAAGAGCUUCACCUACAUCUCCAGCCUGAAACAGCACCAGCGCAUCCACACAGGGGAGAAGCCAUUUCAGUGCUCUGUGUGUCAGAAGAGAUUCACCUACAUCUCCAGCCUGAAACAGCACCAGCAUAUCCACACAGGGGAGAAGCCAUUUCAGUGCUCUGUGUGUGGGAAGAGCUUCACCCAUUCCUCCCACCUAGCCCGGCACCAGCUCAUCCACACAGGGGAGAAGCCAUAUCACUGCUCUGUCUGUGGGAAGAGAUUCACCCAGCGCUCCCACCUAGCUGAGCACCAGCGCAUCCACACAGGGGAGAAGCCACAUCAGUGCUCUGUGUGUCAGAAGAGAUUCACCUACAUCUCCAGCCUGACACAGCACCAGCGCAUCCACACAGGGGAGAAGCCACAUCAGUGCUCUGCAUGUGGGAAGAGCUUCACCAACCGCUCCAGUCUGACACAGCACCAGCGCAUCCACACAGGGGAGAAGCCAUAUCAGUGCUCUGUGUGUCAGAAGAGCUUCACCUACAUCUCCAGCCUGAAACAGCACCAGCAUAUCCACACAGGGGAGAAGCCAUUUCAGUGCUCUGUGUGUGGGAAGAGCUUCACCCAGUCCUCGCACCUAGCUGAGCACCAGCGCCUCCACACAGGGGAGAAGCCACAUCGCUGUUCUGAGUGUGGGAAGAGCUUCACCCGACCCUCCCACCUGACCCAUCACCAGCUCAUCCACACAGGGGAGAAGCCACAUCAGUGCUCUGUCUGUGGGAAGAGUUUCACCAACCGCUCCGGUCUGACCCGGCACCAGCUCAUCCACACAGGGGAGAAGCCACAUCAGUGCUCUGCGUGUGGGAAGAGCUUCACCAACCGCUCUUGUCUGAUUCGGCACCAGCUCAUCCACACAGGGGAGAAGCCAUAUCACUGCUCUGUCUGUGGGAAGAGAUUCACCCAACGCUGCCACCUAGCUGAGCACCAGCGCAUCCACACAGGGGAGAAGCCACAUCGCUGUUCUGAGUGUGGGAAGAGCUUCACCCGACUCUCCCACAUGACCCAUCACCAGUUCAUCCACACAGGGGAGAAGCCACAUCAGUGCUCUGUGUGUGGGAAGACCUUCACCCAUUCCUCCCACCUGGCCCAGCACCAGCGCAUCCACACAGGGGAGAAGCCACAUCACUGUUCUGAGUGUGGGAAGAGCUUCAGCCGAUCCUCCCACCUGACCCGGCAUCAGCUGGUCCACACAGGGAAGUAGCCACAUUAGUGCUCUGCAUGUGGGAAGUGCUCUGAGUGUUGGAAAAGCUUCCCCCAUCUCUCCCACCUGUCCCAGUAUCAGCACAUCCACACCCAGAAGCAUCUCUAUUUCUGCCAGCCGUGCACGAAGCCCUGGGAGAUGUCUGCCUGCUCAGCACCCACCAGUGGUGCAUUCAGACAAGCACCCCCAUGCUGGUGACCUGAACAAAGAGUUCCCCCAGGCUUUGUCCCUUGUAGGGCACAGUGGGAGUCCAGAACCCAGAGGCUCACCCCCAAGUUUUGAUUGUGGGGAAGGGAUAAGAAGAAACACCUCAGGCAGAGAUCAGCCCCAACGAAGGGGAGAUGAGAUUUGUUUUUUGUAAAAAUAUAUUUCUCUCUCUAUA